CCUGCCUAAUUCAAAUUUCCAAAUCGUAUACAACUCCUACACGAUUACUCUUGCAUACAAAACGAAUAUAUGUAUGUAAUUUAGAUAUACUUCGCCGCGGGUAUCGGGAAUUGCGAUAUGGAGACUUUAAUGAAAUUCUGGGGUUUGGAUUUGGUAGCAUUGAGGGGGUUUUUGUUUUCGAUAUUCAUUUUGAAUUUUGUGUUUUCUUGCCAGAUCCUCUUCCUCCAACCACUUGUUGCUGCUUUAGAUGGUCAACCUAGUGAUGCUGCUGCUCUUUUCGAGAGAGCUUCACAAAGUAUAAAAGUUAAGAAAUAUAGUGAAGCACUUGAUGAUCUUAAUGCUGCUAUAGAGGCUGAUCCUGGACUUUCUGAUGCAUAUUGGCAUCGAGCAUCUAUUCUUCGUCGGUUUUGCAGAUAUGAGGAAUCAGAAAAAAGCUACAAAAAGUUUCUGGAGAUGAAGCCCAAGAAUUCAGCAGCAGAGAAGGAGCUUUCUCAAUUAUUUCAAGCCCAAAGUGCCUUGGAUUCAGCUAAAAGCCUCUUUGAUUCAGGCGAGUUCACGAAAGCACUGGAGUUCAUUGAUAAAGUUGUACUUGUUUUCUCUCCAGCCUGCUCCAACGCCAAACUCCUUAAAGUGAGACUAUUAUUAUCAGCUAAAGAUUAUUCCAGUGCUAUAUCUGAAACGGGAUAUAUUCUCAAAGAAGAUGAGGAUAACUUAGAGGCGUUGCUAUUACGUGGCCGUGCCUAUUAUUAUUUGGCAGAUCAUGACGUUGCUAUUAGGCAUUACCAGAAGGGUCUUCGCCUAGACCCUGAGCACAGUGAAUUGAAGAAAGCGUAUUUUGGAUUGAAAAAUUUGCUCAAAAAGACUAAAUCUGCAGAAGAUAAUGCAAGUAAAGGUAAGCUUCGUCUUGCAGUGGAGGAAUAUAAGACUGCCCUUGCCUUGGAUCCAGACCAUACUGCGUAUAAUGUGCACCUUCAUCUUGGAUUAUGUAAGGUCUUGGUGAAGCUUGGUAGGGGAAAGGAAGCAGUAACAAGCUGCUCAGGAGCUCUUGAAAUUGAUGAAGAGCUUAUUGAAGCUCUUGUCCAGAGGGGUGAAGCCAAACUUUUGGUAGAAGAUUGGGAGGGAGCUGUAGCCGAUCUGAAAUCAGCAGCUGAAAAGUCACCUCAGGUAUUGCAUCAGAAUUACAUUUUUAUUUCUAAAGAUGUUUCAACUUUAAUAAUAGAGCAUCAUUGCAAAUUUACCCAAAAAACUGAUUUAAAACUUGGAAUAUCAUGUUACUACAAGAUUUUGGGAAUUUCGAAAACUGCGCCAAUGUCGGAGAUUAAACGGGCUUAUAAGAAGCUUGCUUUGCAGUGGCAUCCAGAUAAGAAUACUGACAAUAGAGCAGAAGCAGAGGCCAAAUUCCAGGAAAUAGCAGCUGCAUAUGAGAUUCUUGGUGAUGAAGAAAAACGUACCAAAUAUGAUAUGGGCGAAGACAUUGACGAAGGUAUGGGAAUGGGUGGCGGAGGAUUUAACCCUUUUGGAGGAGGGGGCCAGGGCCAGCAAUAUACAUUUCACUUUGAAGGAGGAUUUCCUGGUGGGGGCUUUGGUGGCUUCCAAUUUUGACCUCGAGAAAGUUUGGAAAUAUGUUUCACUGACAGCUUUUCUGCUGAGACUCCGUAGGCUAUUUAGAACAGCAAUUUUGUCUAACCCCAAGCUGCAAUGCAUGCACCUUUGCAGGCAAUUUUUGCUUGCUGUCCGAUUACGAAAAGCUCUUAUCUGUUAUCUGAGGAAGUUUAGCUCUGCGUGGAUCUACAUUCUGAAAUUUUAAAGAUCGUAUUUGACUGAAGGGAAAUGACAACCUCUUAUUUGAAUUGUAACAUGUGAAUAUAUAUUUUUUUUAUGGAGUUUUGUGGAAGGCCAAUGGAACAUGUAUCCCUCUUAAUACAAGAAAAUUGAUACUUUGUUUUCAAUACUUGGAGCCAGCAAAAUACUGUUGAAGUUUCUGCA